AUGCAACCCGUGACCGUGCUUGAACAAACCAGUACAACCUGCGAAAUUAGUCACGAAGAGACUGGACCUUAUCGUGGUGUGGCGUCAUGGCUGUACGGCAGUGAAGCAUUGGUGUUGAGCACUGAUGUCAUGCUGUCGUUGAUGAUGAUGAUGACGCCACUCGAAGGAAGCACGAGGGCUGGGAUACUGCCAGGUUGCCCAAGCCUAGACAGAGGAAGUCGAGAGGCAGAGGUCGGGUUCGAACCACGGACCUUCCGGACAGUAAAUUCGCGCUCUAACCACUGA